AAUGCUGAAGGGAGCAAUAUAUUUGAAGUUGGAUGAAGCGGUUGUCGGUUGUGUUGACUAUAUUUUGCAGCAUAUAUCUGAGUAUACACUGCAGCGGGCAUAUUGCAUAGAGCGUGAAACUCGGUGUGUACCACUGUAUGAGAAACUCUUGGAAUAUGAAAUAAAUAAUUUUAUGGAGAUAAGCCAACGCCCGGAGUUUCUCAGUUUUGAUGCUGAAAAAUUGCAGGCAAUAAUAGAAAGCAGUAAUUUGAAUGUGACUUGUGAGGAAGAUGCCUUUCAUGCUGUGAAGCAGUGGUAUGAAUACGAUGCUUCUGGGCGGCAACAAAAACUUCCAGAUUUAAUCAGUAGCUUACGCUUGACCCUUUUUGACACAAAGUUCUUAUUGAGAAAUGUUAAAACACUUCCUGGAUGUGAGCCAUUGGCAUUCAAGGCAAUAUCCUGGAUUUCGCUUCCUUCAGACCGUGCAAUGAUAUCGAUAAAGUACACAGAACCUCGCAGAAGUAUAUGCAAAAUGUCGGCAGAGACAACUUUGCUUGCGGUGGAAGCUUAUGUAAGUGCUACAAAAUG